GGCGUCUUGGUGUCACCUGCGCGUGCGCAGGGCUAGAGAUAAGGUUCUCUGAACUUGGAGAUGGCGGCGGUGGAGGAAACGUCGCCAGAGCCGGCGACUUCAGAACAGCCGGCCGAGCUGCCUGCCUCUGUGCGGGCGAGCAUCGAGCGGAAGCGGCAGCGGGCGCUGAUGCUGCGCCAGGCCCGGCUGGCGGCCCGGCCCUACCCGGCCUCGGCUGUUGCAGCUACCGGAGGUGUGGCCAAUGUAAAAGCAGCCCCAAAGAUAAUUGACACAGGAGGAGGCUUCAUUCUGGAAGAGGAAGGAGAAAAAGAACAUACAGUUGGAAAAGUUGUUCAUCAACCAGGACCUGUUAUGGAAUUUGACUAUGCAAUCUGUGAAGAAUGUAACAGAGAAUUUAUGGACUCUUAUCUUAUGAGCAACUUUGAUUUCCCAACUUGUGAUAACUGCAGAGAUGCUGAUGAUAAACACAAACUUAUAACUAAAACAGAAGCAAAACAAGAAUACCUUCUGAAAGACUGUGAUUUAGAAAAAAGAGAACCACCUCUUAAAUUUAUUGUGAAGAAGAAUCCUCAUCAUUCACAAUGGGGUGAUAUGAAACUCUACUUAAAAUUACAGAUUGUGAAGAGGGCCCUAGAAGUUUGGGGUAGUCAGGAGGCAUUAGAAGAAGCGAAGGAAGUUCGACAGAAAAACCGAGAAAAAAUGAAACAGAAGAAGUUUGAUAAAAAAGUAAAAGAAUUACGGCGAGCAGUAAGAAGCAGUUUAUGGAAAAGGGAGAUGGCUACUCACCAGCACGAGUACGGACCAGAAGAAAACCUGGAAGACGACAUGUACCGGAAGAUAUGCACCGUGUGUGGCCAUGAACUGACGUAUGAGAAAAUGUGAUUUUUAGUUUAGUGGUUGGUUUUAGAAUUUUACAUUCAGAUAAAGAAAAUUUAGAUUGGUGUUGUUCAGAAUUCACCAAAAAAGUCUUUGUAGAUGAAUAAACGCUUGUGUAAAUAAUGUUUCAGUGCUAAGGAUGUAUGCUGUGGCUCGAGAGAAAGUCUCACCUAAGCGUGGCAUGUCGAGCUGUGGACAAAACACCGGGUCUGUGGCCGUGUUUACUGGGACAGGGACGGGGGCUGAGCGGCACAGUGGUUCGGAAGUGUUAGGUGGACACUGGAGUUGAGAAAUGAGAAACCCAGGCCAACCUCAGAUUCGGGUAGGAGGACAAGCUCUUAGAAAAGGCAGCAGGUGGAUUCUUACCCCAAUAGGGAUGGUGGCUGACCUCUCCCCGCCCCCCCAGGCUGUGUUAGGACUUCUAGACCACUUGUCUCUAGGUCAGGGUGCUACCACCGGACAAGUCCUGGCUGACGAGAGGAAUGAACAGUGAUGAGCUGCCGGAGUCUGAUCGUGUCUUCUCUAUCUGCAGGGCUUACUCACAGGCCCUGCUAUUAGGCGCUAGAUAGCCCAUUUCAGAUCUGGAUUAAAAGGGAAAAAAGUAAUUACAGUAAGUUUAUCGCAACUCUCUAACACUGACUGGGCACUUAUCAGGUGCCAGGUAAGCACUAUACUAAGUGCCUUACAGGUGUUCUAACUUUGUCCUGGGAGGGAAGACCACCUGCAGCCUGGUGUCAGCCCAGACACCUGGAUCACAUCUAACUGGUCAGAACUCCCCUGCUGUCUCAGGAGGAUUCCAAGACAGUUACAGCUGGCGAGAGGAUUUCAUCCAGUAUGUGUGAUUACACAGUUCAUGCAAUUUUUUUUUGACAAAAACAAAUUGAAGUUAAGAUAAACUGGAUAGUUUCAUGCUAUUUUUUGAUAUAACUUUUUUAUCCUACUACUAUAAAUAGAAGACACAGGAAAUUGACACGUUUUCAUUUUUCUUUCUAGAUCAGCUCUUGGAGAUUGUGCUUAGAGAAAGGCACGAGUCAAAACUAGUCAAACCAAAGAGGCUUGAGACUGUGAUUCCUAACUCUCCUCUGUAUAAGUAGUCAAUAUAGAAAAGUUUAAUGUGUUUUUGCAUUGAUUUUUGAUAUGCUAUGCUAAAUAUCAGAGGUCAGUAAAAAUUGAUUCUGAAUGGGCAGUAAGAUCUUCUUGGGACGGACACACACACACAGCUUCUAGCUUGAUGACGCCAGAGGCAGGCACCAGGCCGCCGACAACAGCACGGCUGCACUGGGAGGUGAGGGGCCUGUGAGCACACGGGCUUAGGUUCAGAUUCCACUUGGUAGCUGUGGACCUUGGGUAAGGUUCUCCACAGGCCUGUUUUUAUCUGUCAGAUGGGUAUAAUAAUUCCUCUCUCUAAAAACUUACAUUCUAAGAAUGCACAGAACUUGGCAGGUAACAGCCACUCGUUAAGGAGCACGUGCUGUCACUGAGGCCAGUACAGUUACAGACCUGUCUAGUGAGACACGGUUCUGUCCACUCUUUGCCGCCACCAGUGUAAGACAGCCCUGGAAUCCAGACACCAGGGACAGCAGGUCUGCUACAGCCAGGCUGGCGAGUUCUUUACGGUACACAAGUCACUACUAAAUACUUUUCUAGGAAAAGCAGACUUAUCUUCACAUGAACUGACUCCUGAGUAACUCCUGAAAGGGAGAUUUAGAAUCAGGGGAAACAAAGUAUAUGUUCACUUUUUGACAGAAGGGUGGUAAAUGGCAUUGGUACAGUUUAAUAGAAGAUCGACCCUCCACCACCACCAAGGUAAUAUACAGUGACAUGCCAUUCGUGUGUGUGAGUGAGUGAGAGAGAGAGAGAGAGAGAGAGUGAACACUUCAUUAGUGGGAAAAUCAAUUGCUGAAUGUUUGCUCUUGCACUCUUAUUUGAAAUUCAGUCUCUAGUUCAGUUUUUUCGUAUACUUAGCUGCCAGACUGGGAUGGAGCAGGGUCGUAUCAGUGAACAGUUGCUAGAAGUAACCAUUACAUAUAAAGAGAGAAAGGACGUGAAAACCUAGAAAUUCCUCUAGAAUUUGGAUCAAGUAAGUAUAAUUAGCCAAACUUUGCAAUAUGAGGAGGAACAGUAUAAAUAAAAGAAUAUUUUAAGCCGAGAACCUGGUGCUGCUAGUGAUUUACCAUGCAACUUGAAUCUUGUGAGUAACACAUUUCUUGUCUUAAGUGGUGUGGCAUUUAAAAAUCCUAGGAAUCCCCAUCUGUUGAGUACAAUGUAUUCUAGGGCCACCAAAUGUGUGGUAUGCCAGAGAUCACAUGUUAAUAAGGAAAACGCUAUUAAUGUAACAAGAAUAAAAAAGAUACCUAUGUUGUACAAAUGCUCAAAAA